CUAGUACCGUGAUUUGCAUCCCCCACUCUGGGUUGCCGCUGGCCGGAGCAGGCAGCUGUCUCAGUCUGACUCGGGCUGGGAAAGGGGAGACCUCUGUCUUGUCAUUUUAUUGACUGACGUGCUGUUCCAGGCUCUUUUCCCAGAAGUUGUCUGAAGAAGCUGCUGGGCUGCUGUUUCUUCCUGCCCAAGCCCAGUGGUUUCCCUGGUAAUGGAUGGCUUCUCUCGGAGUUUCCACCCUGGUGAGAACCCCCCCAUCUAGACUGUGAACUAGUUAGGAAUCACUGCCAUAAAAAAUGACCGAAGAGCCCAUAAAGGAGAUCCUGGGAACCCCGAAGUCUCCCAAGCCAGGGACAAUGGAGAAGAAACCCACUAAGGAAGUUGUGGUCAACCCGGUCCCCCUGGUCAGUGAGAUUCAGCUGACAGCCGCUACUGGGGGCGCAGAGCUCUCCUGCUACCGGUGCAUCAUCCCCUUCGCCGUGGUGGUGCUCAUCGCCGGGAUAGUGGUCACUGCGGUGGCUUACAGCUUCAAUUCCCACGGCUCCAUCAUCUCCAUCUUGGGUCUGGUCCUUCUGUCACUGGGACUUUUUUUGCUAACCUCCAGUGCCUUGUGCUGGAAAGCGAGACAGAGGAGCAAGAAAGCCAAAAGACGGGAGAGUCAGACGGCUCUCGUGGCCAAUCAGAGAAGCCUGUUUGCUUAAGCCUGAAUGAGACCAAAUGGGAUGUGUGACCUGAAAACUCUGCUCCCACUUCCUCAGCCGCUCCACCCAGAACGAGUGUGGGAGACAAGGGAUGGGAUCUGGCCGUGGAGCAGACCCAAGGCACGGGGGCAGAUGGAUGUGGGAGGGCAUGAGGGUUCCCUUCUAUGAGGAACAACUUGUGUCUUGUUUAACGACAAACUUAACUCUAAGGGCUAUUGCUAAGACUGAAAAAUCUGUUUUGUCUAUGUGAAACAUGUAGGGGUCAUGGGAGGUUUACAGUAUUAGACAACAUUUGGUUCACCUUGGAAAGUAGCCAAGAAAAGAUGCUAACAAAAUCGGGCCAUUCUGACACACCAGUGACCUGCCUCCAAAAGAAAUCACGCACACUUUUCAGAAGUUUUAUCAUAAAAAUAUCUGCCGGGAGUCUACACUGCCCUGAACCUUGCCUACUUCUAUGAUUUCUGUGAUCCUUUUUUUUCAUUAAGUUGAUUCUCUGGCAUCUGUUUUAUUUUUCACUUUCAGUAACUCAUCACUGGUGGUACUUACUCUUGAAGAAUAAACUAAUUUUUUAAUGUUUUAACAUUGGACAGUUUGAAAUGAUUAUAAUGAGUGUCAGAAGUAAAAAAAAAAAAACAAGGUAAGAGGUGUAACUACUAGAUGACAUGGGGGGGUUUAAGUUAAUAUUAAAAUAAUCUAAUAUAGCACUUUUGAUGAUUUUUAUAUAAAAGUCUAAUGUACAUUUCAUUCAAAAUAAUAAAUACUCAUUGCUGCUGA